AAGCUAUAAGUUGAAUUUAUUUUGAACUAUAGCUUUAGCGCAAAACACCUAGGCCAAACAAUCGCCAAAAAUCAUUCUCAAUUAUCUACAACAAAAUUGUACAUCCUUAUUUUCUCCUACCUAUUUGGAAAAAAAAAAUUUUUAAAGCUGUUCUUUAACUAUUGAGUCAGGUGUCACUAAAUGAUAUGAAUUUUCAGAAACUUCCACCUGUUCCUAUAUUACUAACUUGUCUUCAGAUCUGGUUUUACAGUUAUUUUUAUUUUAUAUUUCAGCACUACUUAAUGUUUUCCAUAUAUCUUACCACGAUCGUAGUCAUUUGUGUAACAGUAGGUCUUCAAUAUAUUACAUUUGAACAAGUAAAAGAUGACGUAGCGAAAAAUGUUCUUUUGAAGGCAAACUCAACUGAUUUGCCCGUCUUCGCUCAUAGAGGUGGAGGUCAUGAUGCUCCUGAAAAUACUAUAGCUGCCAUAAGAGAGGCCAAAAAGAAUGGAGCAGAUGGUAUUGAAGUGGACUUAUCCUUCACUAAAGAUAACAUUGCUGUGCUUUUUCAUGACGAUACAAUGGAGAGAACAACGAAUGGAUUUGGCACGUUAUCUUCUAAGACGUUCACUGAAGUGCGAGAGCUUGAUGCUGCUUCCAACCAUAUCUACAGGACUCGCUACAAGGGAGAAAAAGUAGCCACACUAGAAGAAGGAAUUGAAGAGUGCUUGAAAUUAGAUUUAAAAAUUAUUCUGGAUGUCAAGGAGUAUGAUAGCAGAGCAGUUGCUAUAGUGAGUGAAAUGUUUAAGAAACACAAGGAACUCUAUAAGCAGGCAUUAGUUGCCUCUUUCUUCCCGUCUUUCAUUUAUCAACUUCGUCGCGUGGAUCCGGAUAUUGUGACGGCCCUUACUUGGAGACCCAAAUUUGUUUCUUUCACAGACAUCCCCAAUGGUAAGCCGAGGUUCGAUUCCUUUCCCAAAUCUCAGAUGGCUCGGAUGGGUGACAUUCUACUGGAGUGGGCAUUCCACAACAUCCUCUGGUACCUCACUGGUGUCUCAGCUGUUUUAAUACACAAAGACUAUCUAUCUGCUGAAUAUGUCCGCAUGUGGAAGAAGAAGAACAUAGAGGUCAUCGCCUGGACACCCAAUCACCGAAUCGAAAAAGAAUAUCUGCGAAAAGUCUUAAAUGUGACCCUCAUCACUGACACUCUUCUUUGACGCCUGCUUUUUCACUCUAACACCAGAAUUAUUAUUCAAAUCAAUUCUGUUGCAUGCGCAAGUAAUCAUUUCAUUGCAUAUGCAACAUUGUCGCUAUUGUGUUUAAAAAUAAAGACAGGAUAUCUGCCCCCACCUGGAAAGUCAUGAAUUUCGGUACUGAACAAAAUUUGUCAUGAUUUUAACUAUUAAAAAAAAAAUUCAUGGAUUUAGGUCACCGAAAAAUCUCAUUUUUAAAAUGUUAUCAUAAUGCUUUUUAAAAUGUAUUUUUUCGGGAGAAAAUAAUAAUUUCGUUAAGUCAUGAAAAGUUCUUGGAAUGAGGGAUGAAUUUGAAAAUCUAAAAUGUAGCAGAUACCCUGUAAGGAUAAUUUUGUAAGCGUUAUUUCAGUUCAACCUAUUUAUUUCUUAUAAGCUCCUUAUUUCCUCUCUCUCUCUCUCUUACUUAUAAACUAAAAUUUAUGCUUCGAAAACAAUUUCGAUAAUCAUGCUUGUCAAUCAAACGGUUAUUAAUCAGAAUCAUUUAAGGAGCUUUCUUUGUACACUGGACCAUUCCAUUGAGAAAUUUAAUUUCACUCUGAUAUUUACAUAAUACUAUAUUAAGAACAAAGCGUAUGUUUUUUUUAUUUAUUUAUUUUGUUCCAAUUAGCAUAUCAUUUGUACGUUAUUGUAUUCUUUCUUUUGUUUUUAUAAAACUGUGGGUAUUGAGUUGAUAUACAUUUUACAAUUUAAAAUUAACGCCAAAGACAUUUUUUCAAUGUAUGAUUUAAUGUUUAUGUCUUAUUGGAGAAAGUGUACUUCAAAUUUUAUAUGCUAAUUUUUAUACUGCAUAAUUAUUAUGUAAUAAAAUUUAUUGUAUCCUGGCA